GUUUCGGAGCCCGCCUGGCCCGGACUACAAGUCCCAGGAGACGCCGCAGAGGGACGGCGCGUUCCAGUGAUCCUUCCCUCACUCUCCCGGAGAGUGGAGACAAAGGUUCCGUUGGCAGCGCACUGCGGGUUGGUUUAUUUUCAACGGCGGUGACGGAGGUUGGAAGCCCGGCCGACUGCAGGCGGGGGCGUCAGGAGGCGGAAUCCUCCUUCCCGAAGCACUGGAGUGGGGAGGGGGGCGGGGAGGAGGGAAGCGGGGCCACGGCCCGGGGACCGAGCCGCCCGGACAGAGCAGGCUGAGGAGAUGGAGGGCGACGGGGUGCCGUGGGGGAGCGAGCCCGUCUCGGGUCCCGGCCCGGGCGGCGGCGGAAUGAUCCGCGAGCUGUGCCGGGGCUUCGGCCGCUACCGCCGCUACCUGGGCCGGCUGCGGCAGAACCUGCGCGAAACCCAGAAGUUCUUCCGCGACAUCAAGUGCUCCCACAGCCACAGUUGUCCCUCCUCCCCCACGGGCGGCAGCGGGGCCGAGCGCGGCCCUGCCGGCGACGUCGCCGAGCCCGGGCUGCAGGCGGGCUAUCUGUGCAAGGUCAAGUUCACUCAGAGACUGUCUCAACUUUCUUUUGUGAAUGUUGGUUUCUGAAUAGGAACUCGGAAUAUUAAAAGAAGGAACACUCAAAAAAUUUUUUUUAUUCCCUUUAUCUACUUCAUCCAACCCCUACCCACCUCCCCUCUGGCAAC